AUGUUGUGGACAACGGAAAAGCUGCGCCGAUCCUUUUUAGACUACUUUGCCUCGAAGUCUCAUAGGGUUGUGAACUCGAGCUCAGUGGUUCCCUAUGAGGAUGACACCUUACUUUUUACAAACAGCGGGAUGGUCCAGUUUAAGAAAAACUUGCUUGGAGAAAGAAGCGAACUGCGCCGAGCCUGCAGUGUACAAAGAUGUAUUAGGGCAGGGGGAAAGCAUAACGACCUAGACGAUGUGGGGAAAGAUACAUAUCAUCACACGUAUUUUGAAAUGCUGGGAAACUGGUCAUUUGGAGACUAUUUUAAAGAAGAAGCAAUAGGAUUUGCUUGGGAGUUUCUGGUUGAGGUACUUAAGUUGAGCAAGGACAAACUAUAUGUCACGUAUUAUGAUGAGUUAGACAAGGAGAGCAGAAGGAUAUGGCUCAAGUAUCUUCCUUCAAAUAGAAUUAUUCCGGCGUCGUACAAAGACAACUUUUGGGAAAUGGGUGAUACGGGACCAUGCGGGCCUUGCACCGAGAUACAUUACGAUAGGAUUGGGAAUAGAAAUGCCUCGGAAUUAGUCAACAAAGAUGACCCUAAUGUCAUUGAAAUCUGGAAUAUUGUAUUUAUAGAAUACAAUAGGACUGCUUCCGGGCUUACACCUCUUGAGAGGAAGUGUAUAGACACUGGAAUAGGGUUAGAAAGGCUACUAAGCAUACUCAUUGAUGUCAAGUCCAACUAUCUGAUCGACAGCUUCUCCACAAUAAUCAAAGCCAUAGAAGAGCACUGCGAUUUCAAAUACGAGGAUUCUGAAAAAAGCACUGAUGUUGCUUUUAGGGUUAUAUCUGAUCACUGUAGGACAAUAGCUGUUUGCAUUUAUGACAAGGUUGAUUUCAGUAACGAUGGGGUGGGAUAUGUGCUGAGGAGAAUUCUGCGUAGAGCUGUUAGAUAUGCACACGAGGUCUUAGGGCUGAAGGAAGGAGUGCUUGAGGAGUUGGUGAAAAUUGCAGCAGGUACAAUAGGAAUAGAUCUAGAGUCGACUGAGUGUGUGAGCAGAGAAGAGGCUCUAUUCAUGAAAACCUUAAAGAAAGGGAUUGAGAGAUUCAAUAAGAUUGCAGAGAACAAUGGUAAAAUAAGCGGAGAGGACUUGUUUUUGCUGUAUGACACAUAUGGAUUCCCUGUGGACUUAACAGAGCUGAUGGCUAGGGAACAAAAUAUCGAGAUUGACUAUACGAACUUCGAAAGCUUUAGGCAAAGAGCAAUUGAAGUUAGUAAGAAAUCCAAAGGAACAAAAAUCAAUAUUGAUGGGGACAUCCUUUCCAAGUUCCCACCCACAAACGACUCCUUCAAGUAUGAAAGAAAUAAUAUGAAUAGUACAGUCCUAUUCGCCGUUGUAGGGAAUGAUAUUAUAACUGAUCCCGGUGAAAUACCCGAAGGAGUGGAGCUUGGGCUCGUAUUUGACAAAACCUGUUUUUAUGCAGAGUGUGGAGGUCAAGUUGGGGAUACAGGAAAAAUAACCUUCUACUGUGGAGAAAAAAGUAUUGGUACUUUCAAUGUUACGGAUACUCAGGCAGUCAAGAAAUUUGUUGUUCACAAAGGAAUCUUAGAGGGGAAUGCAUCCUAUCAAGCCCUUCAAGCAUACAACAGUGAGCUUAGAAGGAGAACAAUGAGAAACCACACCGGAACACAUCUCCUGAAUUUCUUUCUUCGUACUAUAAUCAAGACUGAGCAGCGUGGAAGCCUUGUUGAUCCUGAAAAGCUUCGGUUUGACUUUGAAGGAAGAAAAUUAACAAAUGAGGAACUAGAGGAGGUAGAGAAAAAGAUCAAUGAAUUUAUCAAGAGCAAUGCUAAAGUUGAGUCUGUUAUCUUGGAUAGGUGUCAAGCCCUCGAGAAUUCCAAUAUUGUUAGAAUGAGAAAUGAAGAGUAUCCUGAAAAGGUGAGAGUUAUAACCAUGAAGAGUGAUGGGCUGGUUAUUGAAGAGAUGUGCGGGGGGACGCAUGUGACUAAUGUUUCGGAUGUAGGGAGAUUCAGGAUUGUCAAUGAAACAGGGGUAUCUGCCAACACACGAAGAAUAGUUGGGGUUACAGGAAAGAAAGCCCAGGAGCUCGAUGAGGAAGCAGAGCUCUACCUGAGUAAGCUGAACAUAGGAGAGGUUGUUAAUGUUGAUAAAGCAAUCCCACUACUCUACAAGCAGAAGAUUGAUGCAUUAAACCAAAAGAAUAGAAAGAGGGGGGAGGAGCUCAGCAAGGCUCAAUACUCUAAGAACAAGAAAGAAUUUGUUGAACUGAUAGCUGAAAGGAAAAGCGCACCAGAUACCGAUGCUAGGAGCAUAGUCUAUUACUAUCAGUCAUCAGAGUCAUGCACCAGAAAAGAUCUCGCUAAAUUUAUUAGUCUUCUUUGUAGUGAAGCAGUGAAGCAUGAAAUUGAAUGCAUUGUUUAUACGUUUAUCAAUGAAGAAUGUUUGAUAGCCGCAAAUACAUCUGAUAAUGGAGACUUGAUAAACAGGAUCAACUCAAAAUACCCGAAUUCUCAUGUAAGGACUAGCAAGGGCAUGGUUCAAGGAAGCAUCCAUUCGAAAAUAACCCGCGAAGAUGCCAAAGAUUUGAUCUCUUGA